UUUUUUUUCUUUUAUUGUUAAGUUUCUAAUUAGGCACUUGAAUUUAGAAAUUGUCUCUCUCUCUCUGUCUCUCUCUCUCAAACCAAGAAUUAAAAAUCCAUCUUUGAAAUUGGCUAUGAUUAACCAUACAAUAAUUGGUUAAUUAGUGAGGGAAGAAGCAAUGGCGUAUAAGGUUGAUCACGAAUAUGAUUACCUGUUCAAGAUUGUCUUGAUUGGAGACUCGGGUGUCGGAAAAUCCAAUAUCUUGUCCAGAUUUACACGUAAUGAGUUUUGUUUGGAGUCCAAAUCCACCAUUGGUGUUGAGUUUGCAACAAGGACUCUCCAGGUGGAAGGUAAGACAGUGAAGGCGCAAAUAUGGGACACGGCAGGGCAAGAGCGAUACCGUGCCAUCACAAGCGCCUACUACCGCGGUGCAGUAGGGGCACUAGUCGUGUACGAUAUGACAAAACGGCAAACGUUUGAGAACGUGCAGCGGUGGCUGAGGGAGCUAAGGGACCACGCAGACUCCAACAUCGUUAUCAUGCUCGCGGGUAAUAAGUCAGACCUGAACCACCUCCGAGUGGUGACCGAGCACGAUGCACAAGCGUUUGCUGAGAAAGAGGGCCUCUCCUUCCUUGAGACCUCAGCCUUAGAGGCUCAUAAUGUUGAGAAGGCAUUUCAGACUAUUCUAUUAGAUAUAUAUCAGAUCAUAAGCCGGAAAGCAUUGGCAGCGCAAGAAGCUAUCGGCCAGAUUCCCGGCCAAGGCACCACUAUCACUGUUGCAGAGCCCAACAACAUGGAAAAGAAAGCUACAUGUUGUUCUAAUUAAUUUUGAGUCAAAAGAAAUGGACAUUAUGAACUAAAAUAUAGUAUAUUUUUUGCACUAGUUAAUUGAUUAUUAGAGAGUAAAAUCAUGUAAAAUUUU